AUGGCAACACUGGAGAUGACAACAUGGAAGAUGACAACUCUGAAUGUCACAACACUGAAGAUGACAACAUUGAAGAUGAAAACAUUGAAGGAUGACAAUGACAACAGGAUGGCAACACUGAAGAUAACAACACUGAAGGUAACAACACUGAAGAUGACAAAACUGAGGAUGGCAACACUAAAGAUGACAACACUUAACAUGACAACACUGGAUAACUACACUGAGGAUGAUUACACUGAGAAUGGCAACACUGAAGAUGACAACACUGAAGAUGAAAACAUUGAAGGUGACAACACUGAAGAUGACAACAGGGAGGGUGGCAACACUGGAGAUGACAACACUGAAGAUGACAACAUUGAAGGUGACUACACUGAAGAUGACAACAGGGAGGGUGGCAACAUUGGAGAUGACAACACUGAGGAUGACAACACUGGAGAUAAAAGCAUUGGAGAUGACAACCUGAAGAUGACAACACUUAGGAUGAGAUGA